CUACAUAACUAAAUAUACUUUAUUCUGUGUAUAUGGAAUGCAAUUGCUCUUUUCUCUAUGACAAAUCAGCAAAUUCAUUUCUCAAAUAAAUAAUAAUAUAGAUGCUCUGAUGUUACAUCCUCCCCAAAUCGCGAAGAUGGGAGACAAAGCAGAAUUGUCUGCAACAAUAAAGUGGCCGAAGAUCAAAGCCAAACCCAAUCUCAGUGUCUCGUAUCUCAAGAAUCUUGAUCUCUUCACGGUGGAGAAUUGUCUCACUAGUGAUGAAUCAAAGGGCUUUGUUAAAAUCGCAGAGUCUCUUGGUUUCACUCACCAAGGAAGCCGUGGCCCUGCUUAUGGUGAAGCGUUUAGAGAUAACCAUCGGAUCUCUGUGAACGAUCCUGUCCUUGCCGAUACGUUGUGGCAAUCCGGGCUUUCUAAUUUGUUUACUGAUAUCAAGAUUCGGAGAAAAGUAGCUGUUGGCUUGAAUCCAAACAUUCGUUUUUACAGGUAUAGUGCUGGUCAGCAUUUUGGUCGUCACAUUGAUGAAAGUGUUGAUCUUGAAGAUGGGAAGCGGACCUAUUACACAUUGUUGAUAUAUCUAAGCGGCAACAACAACGCAAAAUCAAAAUCAAAAUCCAAGAGUAGUUCUUCAAGCAAGACAAAUGAUUCUGCUUCAGCUGAGCCUUUAGUUGGUGGAGAAACUGUCUUUUAUGGUUCAAGGAACAGUAUCGUAGCUGAGGUAGCUCCAAUGGAAGGUAUGGCUCUCUUUCAUAUCCAUGGAGACAAGUGUAUGUUGCACGAAGGAAGAAAUGUCUCCAAGGGAGUCAACUGGUGCAUUCACUGAAGCAGAACAAGUUUACAUGUCGAGCAAACGCUGCAACUCAUAGGGAACUAUAAUGCUAUUAAUAAUACAUUAUUAUAUGAAAUCAAACUUUCAGAAAUGAAAACUCUCUGUUGCAUA